AUGGCUGACUGCGAGAUCUCGAAUUUACUACCAAUCGACAACACCGUAUACGUACAACUACUACAGACUAACGACUACAACACUGUGAGAGUUCUACAAGGUCGUGUGGAAAUAGAUCGCACGAUAUUCCACUGUGGCAUGCAUUCACACACAUCUAUUGUUCACAAUAGACGUCGAGAAUAUUUGUUCAUGCUAACGCAUCAGUUGUGCCAACAGCUACACUCUACAGGCACACUCUCUAUCGGAUCAAAUGUCUUUAUUUCUGGCGUAAAGAAGAACAGCACUGAUACAAGGAGCAUUACUAUAAGUGGUACCGCUACAACAGAUGGCACUUAUGAAGAAGAUUCAAUACCUGAAGAUGAUCAAAGUGGAAGCCAAAGUGAUUUUCCAGACAAUGAGGAAACUCAGGAUGAUAAUGUGGUUGCCGAUGAAACUGGGUAUUUUUUAAAUCUCCGUAGAGGACAGAAGCGCCAAAGAUUUUUAUCAGAUUCUGAAAGUGAUAGUGAACAGAAUUUUGAAGACACUGUCAUGGCUCUUGAUGGAACUGUUUGGCAGCGAAUCCGAGAAAGGCCGGCAAUCGGAAGACCACCACUUUCUUUCAGAGAAGUAUCAGGUCCAACGGCACACGCCAAAAGAGAUAUUAUGUCUGGUAAAGCCUCAUCUGCAUUUUCGGUGAUAAUAGAUCACACCAUUAUUGAAAACAUAAAGAAAUAUACAGAAGCAGAAGCUUUACGAGUUUUGGGGACUACAUGGGAUCUGCCUAUAAAAAAAUUAUAUGCAUUUAUUGGAGUGUUAUAUGCACGUGGCGCUUAUCAGGCAAAAAAUGUAUCUAUUUCCCACCUGUGGAAUUCGAGAUGGGGAUCUUCCUUUUUUUCGAAUGCAAUGAGUAGGAACGCCUUCCCAGAAAUUUUGAGAUUUCUGCGAUUCGAUGAUAGAAGCCAACGAAUUCAACGUUUGAGUGCGAACAAAUUCGCUCUCAUUUCAGACGUAUGGAAGAAAUUCAUAGAAAAUUGCUAGAGUUGUUACAAGCCAGGCGCGGAUUUGAGCAUUGAUGAGAAACUCUUUCCCACAAAAACUAGAUGCAAAUUUACACAAUACAUGCCAAACAAGUCCGACAAAUUAGGAAUAAAAUUUUGAUUAGCGUCUGAUGUAAAAUCCAAAUACGUUGUAAACGGUUUGCCUUACUUAGGACGUGAUGAAACCAGACCGACGUCAAUACUAUUCAGCAAAUUUGUUGUGAUGAAAUUAGUUGAACCUAUCACCAACUGUAAAAGAAAUAUUACAACUGACAAUUUUUUUACGACUGCAUCUCUGGCUGCAAAAUUAUUGGUGAAAAGGACAACGUUAGUGGGAACAAUGCGUGCGAACAGGAGGGAAUUGCCCGUACUUGCAAAAACAACAAAAGAUAAUUUGCAACUUCUUUCAACAAUGGCAUAAAAAUCAAAUGACUGUACGCUAACGAUUUAUAAAUCAAAACCAAGAAAAAAAGUAGUGAUACUGAGUACCAAACAUAAAACCGUAAAAAUCAAGAACAAUAGAAGGAAGACACCCGAAACAAUCAUUUACUAUAAUAAAACCAAAUUUGGCGUCGAUGUAGUUGACCAAAUGGUGCGAAAGUAUAGCGUCAAAUCGAAAUGCAAUAGAUGGCCUAUGCAGGUAUUUUUCAAUAUUUUGGAUUUCGCUGGAAUCAAUUCGUGGAUACUCUAUCAGAAAACAACUGGGUUGAAGCUCUCAAGGCAACGCUUCCAAUUACAAUUAGCAGACGAGCUUGUUACAGAGUACCUCGAAUUUUGUGAAGAAGAAAAGGGAAACCAACGAGAAGGAAUAUCAAGCAGCUCCAAUAAUAAUUCACAAUCCAGGAAAACAUGUCAAAUAAGAUUUUGCGCAAGCAAUAAAACAACACAAACUUGCAUAAUUUGUAAAAAAUUUGUUUGCGGGAAAUGUA